AUGGAUUCCUGCUACAAUGCUCAGGGGCUUGCUCAGCGAUGCAUGCCCAUCUUUGAGAAUGCAGCAUUUGGGAAGCAAGUGAAGGUGUCGAACACAUGCGGCUCCCCACCGGAGGAUUACUGUCUCCAGAUGGGCACCAGGGACUCCAGCACAUUGUGCCACCGCUGUGAUGCUGGCCAGGCUUUGCACCACCACAAUGCCACGUAUCUGACAGACUUCCACAGCCAGGAGGAGCCCACCUGGUGGCAGAGCCAGUCCAUGGCCUUUGGAAUCCAGCACCCCAACUUGGUCAACCUCACUCUCCAUUUGGGAAAGGCCUAUGAAAUCAGCUAUGUGAGGCUGAAGUUCCGCACCAGCCGCCCAGAAAGCUUUGCUAUAUACAAGCGGAGUCAGUCUGAGGGACCCUGGAUCCCGUAUCAGUACUAUAGUGCUUCUUGUGAAGAGACCUAUGGGAGACCAGAACGCCACUUUUUACGGCCUGGAGAAGACGAGCGAGUGGCCUUCUGCACGGCAGAAUUCAGCGACAUCUCCCCACUGAAUGGGGGCAAUGUGGCCUUCUCCACCUUGGAAGGACGACCAAGUGCCUACAGUUUUGACCAGAGCCUCAUUCUCCAGGAGUGGGUGACGAGCACAGAUCUGCUCAUCUCUCUGGACCGGCUCAAUACUUUUGGGGAUGACAUCUUCAAGGACCCCAAAGUGCUGCAGUCCUACUAUUAUGCCAUCUCAGAUUUUUCUGUAGGGGGCAGGUGCAAGUGUAAUGGUCAUGCCAGCAAGUGUCUCCCGAAUGAAGAAGAUGAGCUGGUUUGUCUCUGCGAGCACAACACCACUGGAGUGGACUGUGAAUUGUGCCAGCCUUUCUACCAGGACCACCCAUGGGCACGGGGCACAGCUGACUCUGCCAAUGAGUGUCUCUCUUGCAACUGUAGUGGCAGGUCGGAGGAGUGCUUUUACGACUGGGAGCUGUACCGGCGCACUGGGCAUGGUGGCCAUUGCCAGAAUUGCCAGGAUAACACGGACGGGCCGCACUGUGAACGCUGCCGCCAGAACUUCUACCGCUGGGACACCCAGAUGGCGUGUCAGCCCUGCAACUGUAACCCAGCAGGCUCCUGGAGUCUCCAGUGUGACAGCUCAGGGGCAUGCCAGUGCAGAGCCACAGUGACCGGCUGGAAGUGCGAGCGUUGCCGAGAGGGGUUCCACUCCCUCAGCGAAGGCGGGUGCAGACCUUGUGCCUGUGAUGCAGCCGGCAGCAUAGGGACAUGUGACCCUAACACAGGGCACUGCACCUGUAAGGACAAAGUAGAAGGAUACCUGUGCAACAGGUGCCAGCCGGGGACCUUUAACCUGCAGCCCCACAACCCUUCUGGCUGCACCAGCUGCUUCUGCUUUGGACACUCAAGGGCCUGCGAAGUAGCUCCUGGAUACGAAGUCCACCAUGUCACCUCUGACUUCAGCCAAGGGCUGGAAGGAUGGAGAGGAGAAACUCCAGCAGGCCAGGAGGUUCUGUUGAGCUGGGAAGAAGGAGAGAUCUUCCUUCAGCCAGGCAAGCAGGAAGCAGCUGAUUUCUUGGCACCAGAGAAGUUCCUGCAUAACCAGCUCUUCAGCUACGGGCAGCAGCUCUCAGUGCUGUUUCGCAUACAGGUCAACGCCCCCAGUGCUUCUCUAUUUCCCAUCUGGCUGGUUUUAGAGGGGGAUGGCAUUGUGGUAUCAGCAAGGUACUCCAGUGUGGAAGGGCACAUGAACAACACGCACCGUAUGGUGCAAUUCAGGCUCCAUGAGACUGAAGCAGAGAUGCAAGCUACACUGUCGUCUUUUCAGUUCCAGCGCCUCCUGUCCAACCUGACAGCGCUUCACAUCCGGAUUGAAAGCAGCGAUAGACCGGGUACUGGAGGCAGGCUUUCCUUGAAGGAGGUCCAGCUAACAUCUGCUCGCCCAGGUCUCUCCCAGCCUGCCUCCUGGGUGGAGGAAUGCAACUGCCCGCAUGGGUACGUGGGACAGUUCUGCGAGGCCUGUGCUCCAGACUUCAAGCGGGAGGUUCCCUUUGCCGGUCCGUUUACCAGCUGCAUCCCUUGUUCUUGUAACCAGCAUGGCACUUGCGAUCCUAACACAGGAGUGUGCCAAUGCCUGCACAACACAGAGGGGCCUUCCUGUGAGUGCUGCGUUCCGGGUUUCCAUGGCAAUCCCUUACUAGGCCGCCCUGAUGACUGCAAACCUUGCCCUUGCCCGGGCCAGACACCUUGCACAGCCCUUCCGGAGAGUGGAGAGGUGGUCUGUACCCACUGCCCACCAGGACAGAGAGGGAGACUCUGUGAGGUAUGUGACGAUGGCUUUUUCGGAGACCCCCUGGGAAGGAACGGACUAGCCCGCUCUUGCAGUCCCUGUGCAUGCAACGACAAUGUGGACCCCAAUGCCGUUGGCAAUUGCGACCCUAUCUCGGGCCGGUGUCUGCGCUGCCUGUACAACACAGCAGGGGAGCACUGUGAGAGUUGCCAAGAGGGCUUCUAUGGGAAUCCACUGGCUGCCAGCCCUGCCAGGAAGUGUGCACCCUGUGACUGUCAUCCCGGAGGCUCCAUCCGUGGAUCGGAGGCUUGUCACAGUGUCACUGGCCAGUGCUCCUGCCUCCCACACGUGACUGGGAGGGACUGCAGCCAGUGCCAAGAGGGCUAUUAUGCCCUGCAGACGGGAAUUGGCUGCCAGAGUUGCUAUUGCCACCCAGUUGGGUCCCAGCACAGCCACUGCCACCCGCUCACGGGGCAAUGUGUCUGCCGAAUGGGUGUAGAAGGACUGUCUUGUGACCGGUGCCAGGCGGAAUUCUUUGGUUUCUCCUUCCAGGGAUGCCGAGCCUGCAACUGCUCCCUUUUAGGUUCUGUCUCCCUCCAGUGCCACGAGAACAGCACAUGCAUGUGCAAGAGGGGCUUUGUGGGCUACAAGUGUGACCAGUGUGAAGAGAACUACUUCUUCGACCCUGAGAGCUCUGAGUGCAAAGAAUGCCCGAUCUGCUAUAGUCUGGUGAAGGAGGAGGCAGACAAGCUGAAGGACCAGCUGGCCACAAUGGAGUUGUGGCUGCAGAAACCGGGCUGUGGCUGGCACAAGGCCAAUUACACAAUGCUGGGAGAGGCACCAUGGGAAGACAGCACCCAAAGCCGCUUCUUGAGGAAAGGUGCCAAGGCUGUGUUCCUAGAAGAGGCUGCAGAGCUGGAGAGCUCCGUGUCUCGUGCAUGGAGGCAGCUGAGGAACGUCAGUGGUGUGAUGGGCUGUCAAGGCAGUGGGGGCACCAAGGCCUGCAUCCUCUUCUCCAGCAUCUUUUCUGCCCUAUGGUCCACACAGCAAGAGAUCCAGCUGGCCACAGAAACCCUGUCUGCAAUGGAGUUUCUUCUUGAGAUUUCACACGAACCUACGAACUGGAGUCGCCAGGCCCUGGAGUCUAAGUUGUUGGCCAGAAGCCAUGAGGAGGCAGUGUCUUUGGUGGAGGAUAUUGCAAGGAGAGCUCUGGUGAUGUCCAAUGCCAGCUUCCUUCUUCAGAGCAUCUUGACAGACAACAUGACGCUGGAAUUCAGGAAGCAGAUGGAAGAGAGGUAUCAGAGAAUCCAAAAGGUGCAGCAAGAGCUCAUAUCUGAGAUGGAAAAGGAUACAGCCAAGAAGACCUUCACUUCAGUCCAGCAAAUCAACAUAGAAAUGUCAAAGAACCUUUCAUGGAUCACCACUUCAGAGCUGCAAGCAGAAAAUCUUACUCAAGUUACAAAAAGCCUGGAACAGCUGCUGGAGUCCAUGGCAGAGCGGGUGGUGAAUGGAUCCCUCGCCCUCCAAGCUGGCCUAGAGGGAGAGCAACGAAUGAUGCAGCAGCUGGAACAGCUAUGGCAAAGAGCGAAAAGGGCCGACCUGCUGGCUGCCUCAUCGCUCUCAAAUGGAGAGGCUGUCUUCUCUGAAGCCAAGACCUUGCUGGCUAGCCUGGAUGGGAUGAAAAGGCACAAGGGCAGCCUCAUGAAGAGGAGAAUGACAGCCAUUCGGGAGAGGGGGAUAGCGGAUGCCCAGAGGAAGGCCAGGCAAGCACAGAAGAUUCUGGGAGAUUCUGUAUCCGUCUCUUCUAAGGCUGAGAAAACUGCCAGAGAAGUGGAGUCACUCACCAAGGAGGAUGCUGAGAAAGUCCAGGCCAUGUUCAGAGAUGCCAAGGAAGAGAAGAAGCGUGCCAGUAAACUUCAGACCCAUGUUGAUCUGACCAUGGCAGAAAUCUCCGGGCAAGAGCAAGUGUCUGAGGAUGUUGGCAGCAAGCAAGAGGCAUCUGGCCAGGUUGGCUUGGAGAUGAGUGAUCUUGAGAAGAGCCUACGAGAAGCCCAGACCUCUUUGGAGAGGGACGUUGCCACCCUGAAUGACCUGCUCCUCAGCCUAGACAGCCUGGAUCCCACCAGCCAGAAAAAAGAGGCCCUGAAUGCGAGUGAGUUCCAGCUGGAGCGUCUGCGACUGCGCCUGGCUGGGCCCGGAGCCCUGGGGCAGAAACUGAGCACCUUGCAGCAGGAGGCCGAGCAGCAGCAGCAGAGGAUUGAGGCCUUCGAGAGGGACCUGGAGGAGAUCCAAAGCGACAGACUCAAUCUGGAGGCCAUUCUGCAAAGUUUGCCUGAGGAAUGCUCAAGCUGGCAGUGA